UCUAGUUGAAGACGGACGUAUACAAUUGCCUAAGUGGGGUCUGCUCUCUCUCUUUUAAGUUAUUCUCUUCCAAAGUCUCUCUGUGUAAGUAGUCGGCAAACAUGAACUCUCUGUGGCUCGGCUUAGGGCUGAGUCUGGUGCUCUUAGCGGCAAUUCAAAAUGUAUCGGGAGCACCUAAUAUGAUAUGCUAUUACGACUCAAAAGGUUUUGAGCGACAAGGUCUCGCUCAAUUCGGUUUGCAAGAUAUGGAAUUGGCCUUGCAAUUUUGCACACAUGUGAUCUACGGUUAUACCGGCAUCAAUCCGGAUACCUACGAAUUGCAGAGCAUUAACAAACGUCUGGAUAUGGAACAGCGGCAUUUUUCCCAGAUAACGGCACUCAAGGAUAGAUAUCCGUAUAUUAAGUUCCUCUUGAGUGUGGGUGGCGAUCGUGAUCUUGUGCAGGAGGACAAAUAUAUUAAGCUCCUCGAAGCUGGACGUCAAGCACACACUCGUUUCAUAGAAUCCUCCCGGGAUUUGGUGCGUCGUUACAAUUUCGAUGGCUUGGAUUUGUCCCUUCAGCUGCCGCGAAACAAACCACGCAAGGUUCAUGGCGAAGUUGGUUCGGCCUGGAAAAGUUUUAAGAAAUUCUUCACUGGAGAUUUCAUUGUGGAUUCCGAAUCGGAAACACAUAAGGGUCAACUGACAGGCUUGAUUAAGGAUCUAGGCAGUGCUUUCAGUGCAAGCAAUCUGCUAUUGAGUCUCACAGUGCUGCCAAAUGUUAAUUCAAGCUGGUAUUUCGAUGCCCCAGCCAUUGCACCCAGUCUGGAUAUGAUUAAUUUGGCAACUUUUGAUUUCCUAACUCCUGAUCGUAAUCCCGAAGAGGCAGACUAUACUUCUCCUCUGUAUGAGGCUUUUGGCCAGAAUCGUCUUGGUCACUAUAAUGUCAAUUUCCAAAUGGAGCACUGGCUACUCCAACGUGUCCCAGCCCAGAAAUUGAAUAUAGGCAUCGCCAGCUACGGACGUGCUUGGAAAUUGAGCAGCGAAUCGGGUGACACCGGAAUGCCGGUGGUUCAACACACCAAAGGACCAGCUUUGGCUGGUCUACAAACCAAAACAGAGGGUCUUCUCAACUGGGCCGAGAUCUGUCAAAUGAUGCCGAAUCCCGGCAAUUCAAAACCUGUGCGUCGUGUCUUGGAUCCCACAAAACGUUAUGGCAGCUAUGCCGUUCGUCCAGCCGAUUCGAGUGAUGAAAAUGGUAUUUGGAUAAGUUACGACGAUCCAGACACUGCGUCCAGCAAGGCACAGUAUGCACGGGCCAAGAAUUUGGGCGGGGUGGCCCUGUUUGAUCUGACCCUUGAUGAUUUUCGUGGUCAGUGCACUGGCGAUCGUUUCCCCAUGCUGAGAGCCAUCAAAUAUCGUCUGCUCGUCUAAAGUACUCAGCAGCUCGGCACCCCACAUAAAGAUAUCAAAAAAAUCCCCCCCAAAAAAAAAGAACGAAAAUAAGACCAAACUAAAUGUCACCCACCAGCAAAUUAAUUACAAAGUUGUAAACUAAAAA